GAUGCUUUAAACCGUUACACCGGAACUUGAUGUACUGACAGUUGAGGGCACACAUGAGAAUGGCGUGUUUGUGUGUGUGAUGUUUUGAGGCUAUAUAGAGGAUAUACUGAGGAUAUAUUGUGAGGAGAAUAAAGAUGGCAGUGUGGAGCUGCAGGUGUCUCAGACUCGGUGAUGCGCUGCUACACAGAGCCGCUGGGAUUCUUCCCCGAACCGGAGCAGGAACAUCAGCGGAAGGCGGAGCCGUUACCGGUUGUGUGAGGACCGUCAAGACGUCUACGUGGUGGGACGAACAUCUGACUGAAGAUAACGUGGAGUUUAUGAAGAGGGACGUGACUGAGGAGUACCGAGAGCUGACCGCCGCCAAACUCAACCCCCUAAAGGAUGAACCUUGGCCCCGGCACGCGUGGGAAGAACAGAGCCGGAGGGUCGGACUCGUGGCCGUGAAGCUGGGAAUGAUGCCGGUGUGGACCAAGUCUGGAGACAGGCACGUAGUGACCAUGCUGCAGGUGCAGGACUGCCAUGUGAUCAAGCACAUACCUAAAGAUGAGUACGACGGCAACUCGGCUGCUCUGGUCGUGGGCGCCAAAAACGUCUCUCCCUUUUAUAGGUCAGUGGAGUACCUGGAGAUGUUCCAGAACGUUGGAGUCCCCCCUAAACAAAAGCUGACGACGUUCUGCGUGACGGAGAACGCCGUCAUCAAGCCAGGCACUCCUCUGUACGCUGCACACUUUCGGCCAGGGCAGUAUGUGGACGUCACGGCCAAAACAAUCGGAAAGGGUUUCCAGGGAGUGAUGAAGCGCUGGGGGUUUAAAGGCCAGCCAGCUACUCAUGGCCAAACCAAAACCCACCGGAGACCAGGCUCUCUGGGACCAGGAGGGGACCCGGCCAAAGUGUUCAAAGGGAAGAAGAUGCCAGGCAGAAUGGGGAACGUUUAUGACACAGCUUUUGGCAUGAAGGUUUGGAGGGUGAACACCAAAAAUAACAUCUUGUAUGUGAACGGCUCUGUUCCUGGUCACCGAAACUGCUUGGUGAAGGUACGAGACUCCAUUCUACCGCGACACCUAGCGAAGAACAAGAACCCUCCGUUCCCUACGUACUUCACUGACGGAGACGAGGAGCUCCCCGAGGACCUGUACGCCGAGGACGUUUUCCAGUUUGGGGAACCGAUUCCUGAAUGAGGUGCAUUCCUCACGGGUGUUUAAAGCGGAAUCAUGUAUGGACUGAGAUGGAAAUGUGAAUAAUACACACGAGUCUCUGGGGUUAAACAGGACCGAACCUGGAUACCUGAACCUGUUGUUUCUAUAUCUAAACAUUAAAAUCUCUGAUAGAGUU